AUGACUUCUGCAGAUUACAAGAUUCAGCCUUACAGUAAUGAGACUGAGAUCAUUUCUAUUCGACCAGUUAGAGCGGUUCUUUCUGUUGUACUCAUUGUUGUCAUUGUGUUAGAUGUGGUGGGAAACGUGCUACUAAUACUCUCUGUGUUCAGAAAUAGCAAACUCAGAAACACAGGUAAUUUCCUAGUUGUGAAUUUGUCAGUAUCUGACCUACUAAUUGCAGUGUACCAUUAUCCUCUAACCUUACGUGCCAUGUUCUUCGAUGGGUGGACACUAGCCUUUCAUCACUGCUUUGCAAGUGGAUUCAUAAUGGCCUUGAGUGUCGUGGGUGCAGAUUUCAGCAUUACAGUAAUCGCCAUCAAUCGUUACUUCUAUAUCUGCCACAGCAAGAUAUACAGCAGAAUAUUUAAUGUGAAACUCACAUGCUGCUGGCUCGGACUGAUAUGGUUUUUUACUUUUCUAGCUCUCAUCCCACAUAUAUUUUUUAAUACGCUCCAGUAUGAUCCACGGAUAUAUUCCUGCACUUUAGCACAGACUGUGAGUUUAGAAUUCACCUUUGCUGCUGUAAUAAUACAUUUUGUAUUUCCAAUAAUUAUUGUUGUGGUCUGCUACUUAAGGAUUUGGUCACUAGCAGUUGCAGCCAAAAAUCGGGUCAGCCAAGGCAGUAAGGAGAAAUUAAGAGCUCAUGCAUUAAAACAUUUUUUUUCAAUAUUUGUGGUUUUUGUAAUUUUUGCAUUUUGCUGGGGCCCUAUGAAUUUUAUAGGUUUAGCAAUAGCAAUUAGCCCAAAUAAGGUUGCACCAAAUAUACCAUUUUGGUUAUUUUGCCUAUCGUACUAUAUGGCUUAUUUUAAUAGUUGCCUGAAUGGUGUUCUCUAUGGAGUACUGAACCAAAAAUUUCAAAAGGAGUAUAUAAAAAUAUUUAUGUCCCUUUGUACUGUCUUUUGUGCUCAUGUCAAAAGAUGA